AUGCAAUCAGAUGACGUAGUAUGGGGUAUAAUAAAUCAUCAAUUUUGUUCAUAUAAAAUUAAAGCAGUACAAGGAGGAGGAGAAUCACAUAAUAGAACAGUUUCAUCAAGUUUUUGUAAAAAUGAAUAUAAUUUAACUGGACUUUGUAAUAAAGCUUCUUGUCCAUUAGCUAAUUCAAGAUAUGCAACUGUAAGAGAAAUCGAUGGUAUGGUUUAUUUAUUUCAAAAAACUGUAGAAAGAUCUCAUUCUCCAGCAAACCUUUGGGAAAAAACUAAACUUUCAACUAAUUAUGCAAAAGCAUUAGAACAAAUUGAUAGUUCUUUGAUUUAUUGGCCUGAUUAUAUGAUUCAUAGAUGUAAACAAAGGUUAACCAAGAUCACACAAUACUUAAUCAAGAUCCGUAGACUAAGAACUCGUGAAACUCCUCAAUUGGUACCUAUCAAUAAUAAGACCGAAAGACGAGAAAAAGCACGAGAAUCCAAAGCAUUAUCAGCAGCCAGACUAACCAAAACCUUAGAAAAAGAAUUAAUAUCAAGAUUAAAAUCUAAAUCGUAUGGAGAUUUACCAUUAAAUGUGAAUGAAUCGAUUUGGAAAUCAGUACUAGAAAACGAAAAGACUGAAACCGAAUUAGAAAUCGAAUUAAAAGAUGAAAUGACAGAUGAAGAUGGAUCAGGUGAAGAUGAAGAAGAAGAAGAAUUCGAAAGAGAAUUCGUUAGUGAUUUUGAGGAAAGUGAUGAGGAUGAAGAUGAUUUAGAAGAUUGGAAUGGAGUUCAGUCCUUUUUGACUUUGACUUUUCUUUAUUUCUUUCGUUUCUGA